AUGGAAUCAAACACCGGAAGAGGAAUUUCGCGAGGAAUGCUUCCGUUACUAGCUCUCCACACCUUCACCGAAUAUUACAGAUCCGACUCCAAACCCCCCGUCACCGCCGCCCUCAUCGCCGCCAACACUCUCAUCUACCUCCGACCGAAUUUCCUCCGUCCCCUCAUUCCCUCAAUCGAUCAAAUCUGGUUCAACCCCCACCUCAUCCUCAAGAACAAGGAUCUGCAACGAUUCUUCCUAUCGCCGUUCUACCAUAUCACCGAUUCUCACCUCGUGUACAACAUGGUCUCUCUUCUCUGGAAAGGUAUUCAGUUAGAAAACUCCAUGGGAAGUCUCGAAUUCGCUUCUACGGUAGCUUCUCUUCUCGCUUUAUCUCAGAGUAUAACCCUAAUUUUGUCCAAAUCCUUGCUUGUUUUCUUCGAUUAUGAAAGAUCUUACUAUAACGAAUAUUCCGUUGGUUUCUCCGGCGUUCUGUUCGCUAUGAAAGUUGUUCUCAAUUCACAAUCGGAUAAUUACACUAGUGUUUACGGUGUUUUGGUUCCGUCGCGUUAUGCGGCUUGGGCUGAGUUGUUUCUGAUUCAAAUGUUUGUGCCUGGUGUGUCGUUUCUUGGUCAUCUUAGUGGUAUACUUGCUGGACUUGUUUAUUUAAGAUUGAGGCGAAAUUAUUCGGGUUCCAAUCCGUUGGGUUUUGUUUUUAGGGGGUUUACUUCUUUGUUGAAAUGGCCGGUGAGGUUUUUGGAUAAUUUGUUUGGGUUUCGGAGGGGGCGGAUUACUGGUAGGGGGACUGUUGGACGGGCGCGGAGGAAUGUAAAUGCGGGGAGUGCGCGGCAGGCUGUUGAUUGGAGAUGCCAGGCUUGUACUUAUGAUAAUUCUGGUUUGUUGAGUGUUUGUGAAAUGUGUGGGACUAGUAGGGUUUCUUCUUCUACGCAACAGGGUCUUCGUCGUGAUUAUUAUGAUUCAAUGGAUGAAUUGCGCCGCAGGAGAAUCGAAAGAUUUGGUAGGUGA